AUGGGUUUCGCUUGAUUUGAUCAACAAAACAAAAACAGUGUCACUCGCACACACACCUUCACCUGCAUCACAUUCACAUCACACUCUCACAGUAACCAUUUCUUUUUUGAUUUUUAAUUAAAUUUUGAUUUUGGAACAACCUGCGACUCUUCGAGUAAUCCUAGGCCACUCCUUUUAUAUGCUCCCUGGUCGUGAAUAUGGCUUCAUCCCUUUUCACAAAGAUUCUUUUAGGUCCUCGCUCGAUUCACACUUCUUCCUUUCUCACUCACCACUCACCAAUUCUAUCUUCUUUCAUCACUAAGCGGCUCUUCUCUGUACGAGCUGUUCCAACCUCUACAGUCUACACCAAGUCGACUUGUUGGUCUCCUUGUAUGGCUUCUUCAGUAGUUAGCAGAAGAGCUACAUAUUCAACACGAUCUGCACCUACAAAUGAGCCAGUUGUUACUGUGGAUUGGCUUUACGAUAACCUGAAGGAGCCUGAUAUUAAGGUGGUGGAUGCCUCUUGGUACAUGCCGGAUGAGCAGAGGAACCCAAUUCAAGAGUAUCAGGUUGCUCACAUUCCUGGGGCCCUUUUCUUUGAUGUAGACGGAAUAGCAGAUCGAACAACAAAUCUGCCACACAUGUUGCCAUCAGAGGAAGCUUUUGCAGCUGCUGUUUCUGCUCUUGGCAUACAGAACAAAGAUGACUUGGUAGUUUAUGAUGGCAAAGGAUUAUUUAGUGCAGCUCGUGUUUGGUGGAUGUUCCGAGUGUUUGGGCACGACAGAAUUUGGGUAUUAGAUGGUGGCCUGCCAAGAUGGCGUGCAUCUGGUUAUGAUGUUGAAUCUAGUGCUUCGAGUGAUGCUAUUCUUAAAGCCAGUGCUGCAAGUGAGGCAAUAGAGAAAGUGUAUCAGGGACAAGCAGUUGGUCCAAUCACAUUUGAGACUAAGUUUCAGCCACAGCUUGUUUGGACCCUCGAACAGGUAACAAAAAAUAUAGAGGAACAAUCUCACCAACACGUAGAUGCUCGAGGAAAGCCCAGGUUUGAUGGAAUUGCACCAGAGCCCAGAAAGGGAAUCAGAAGUGGUCAUGUACCUGGCAGCAAAUGCAUUCCUUUUGCCCAGAUGUUAGAUGGUUCACAGUCAUUGUUACCAGCAGAUGAGCUUAAGAAGCGGUUUGAUCAAGAAGGCAUCUCUUUGGAAAACCCGGUUGUGACUUCGUGUGGAACUGGAGUAACUGCAUGCAUUCUUGCAUUGGGUCUUCAUCGUCUUGGAAAGACUGAUGUUCCCGUUUAUGAUGGAUCCUGGACUGAAUGGGGAGCACAUCCUGAUACACCUGUUGACACCACCGCCGCACAAGCGCAAUAGAGUCACCAAAAAGUAUUUGCAUGGCAUAAAGGCUAUCUCUAGUUUUCAAACAUUCUGAGCUCACAUGAUUUAUCUCCGCAUCUUUGCUUUAUAUUGUUUUGGAUUAAUUGGCGAUUGAAUUGCAAUAUUUUUCAUGUCCAAACAACAUUACUAAUAGUAAAUCCUGUCAUGUGGCUUAUAAAAAUGAGAGGAUUGUUCAAUAAAAGUGUAGGAGGUUUGUGGUUUU